GGCCCGGCCCGGCCCCUCCCCUGCGCAGGGGCAGCGGCUGCCUCAGCCGCCUCCGCCGCCGGGAGACGCCUCGCCCGCCCGGCCCCAGGGCCGCCGCCGCCCCGUCAUGUCCGAGGCGGGCCAGGAGCUUGUCCACCUGGUGUGGGGCAAGAAGGCCGGGCCCCGCGGGCUGGCCGACACCAUCUUCUGCCGCUGGGCGCAAGGAUUUGUCUUUAGUGAAUCUGAAUCGACUGCAUUAGAACAAUUUGAAGGUGGCCCUUGUGCAGUGAUUGCACCUGUACAGGCAUUCCUUUUGAAGAGGCUUUUUACCAGUGAAAAGUCUACUUGGAGAGACUGUCCAGAAGAGGAGCAGAAGAACCUUCUCUGUCAUACAUUAUGUGAUAUUUUGGAAAUGGCUUGCUCUGAUAAUUCUGAGUCGUACUCUCUGGCAACGUGGAUAAGAGGAAAAACAACUGAAGAAACUGCUAGUAUUUCUGAAAGUCCUGCAGAAUCUAGUCGUCAAGAGGAACAACCUUCUGCCUUGGCUGUCGAAGAGCUUGGCUUUGAGCGAUUUCAUGCAUUAAUUCACAAACAAGCAUUUAAAAGCUUCCCUGAACUGAAGGAUGCAGUUUGGGAUCAAUAUUCAGUGUGGACAAACAGAUUUGGAGUAUUGCUCUUCCUGUAUUCUGUAAUACUGACAAAGGGUAUUGAAAACAUCAAAAAUGAAAUUGAAGAUGCAACUGAGCCAUUGAUAGAUCCUGUUUACGGUCAUGGAAGCCAAAGUUUGAUUAACCUACUGUUGACGGGGCAUGCUGUUUCUAAUGUGUGGGAUGGAGACAGAGAAUGUUCAGGAAUGAAACUUCUUGGUAUACAUAAACAGGCAACAGUAGGCUUUUUGACAUUGAUGGAGUCUCUGAGAUACUGUAAGGUUGGCUCCUAUUUGAAAUCUCCAAAAUUUCCCAUUUGGAUACUUGGCAGUGAAACACACCUCACAGUCUUUUUUGCCAAGGAUAUGGCCCUUGUUGCUCCUGAAGCGCCUUCAGAACAAGCUAGAAGGGUUUUCCAGACAUAUGACCCUGAGGAUAAUGGUUUUAUACCUGACACUCUGCUAGAAGAUGUAAUGAAGGCUCUGGACCUUGUUUCAGAUCCUGAAUAUGUAAACCUCAUGAAGACCAAAUUAGACCCAGAAGGACUGGGCAUCAUAUUACUGGGUCCCUUUCUGCAAGAAUUUUUCCCUGAGCAGGACUCUAGGGUUUCAGAGUCAUUCACCGUUUACCAUUACAAUGGACUGAAGCAAUCUAACUAUAACGAAAAGGUCAUGUAUGUAGAAGGCACAGCAGUUGUUAUGGGUUUUGAAGAACCAAUGCUACAGACCGACGACACUCCAGUAAAACGCUGCUUGCAAACCAAAUGGCCAUAUAUAGAAUUACUCUGGACCACAGAUCGAUCUCCUUCUUUAAACUGAUAUGUUGCGCAUAAGCAACAUACUACUGUUGAAUCCUUGAAUGGGGAUACAAGAAUUGGUAUUUGCUUGGAAAGUGGUAUACUUUGACUGUGUGAAGUUAUACACUGGUAUCAUUGAUGAAUUGUAAAUAAUGAUUACAAACACUUUUUCAGUGUUAAUUGGAAUAUUUAAUUUUUUAAUCAGAUUGAUUUCUAUUAUAAUAGUUUGUCUUUUUUGGCCACUGUAGUACUGUUAAUGUGAGUUAUUCUGAAAAAAAAAAAAGCCUACUUAUAAAGUCUUAACAUUGUUUUGCCAUCUCAUGAAGAUUUGAAAAAUGUCUGAUAUUGCAGAAUCUGCAUAUUAGAUGCCAGAUCUUUAAAACAUAAAACAUAUUCAGCUUCCUCUGAAUCAUAUAGGCAUGUUUUAUUAUUUAAAUUAUAUUGGCUUACAUUACAGUACCAUAAUAUGUGGACUAGACUGGCCUUUGCACUGGAUAUGUUUUAAUGAGUUUAAAUUUUCCGCAAUUUUUCCUAAAAUCUAAUUUUACCUAAAGAGCUCGCACAAUGUGACAUAAAUAUGAUACAUUUUUAGGAAUAUUAAUAAGUAUAAUUCAUAAAUACUCUUUCUUGGCAGUUGUAUAUUACUGUGGCUUAGUUAUCGGGCAUGUUAAAAGUAAACAGAAAAUAAGAGGAAAAAUAGAUGUAUUAAUAUUUAUUUGAAUUUGUAUAAAAGAAAUGUAAAAACAGCAGAAUUUCUUGUUCUAUAAUCUUUAAACUAUUCAAACUUAUAUUGCCAAAUACCUCUUCUCAAUUUGUCCAAAAAGAAGUGUAAGCCACCGUUAUUGUAUGUGUUAAGUGCAUGAGAACAUCUGUUAUUACAUUAUUAUAUUCCUUUAUUUAUUAUCAACUUGUUAGCCCUAAAAUAAAAUCUUUUCCUCGAA